UGUGUCUUCUCUCCCCCCAAAGCCCUAAACCCUGCUUCGUGGAGCAUUGCGUAGUCUUCAUCGCACGUCUGCACCGCUCUUCGGUGUUGGCUAUGACACAUUGCUGCCGCGUUCCUCACCCUCGCCUCUGCAUUUUCGUGGCUAUGUUCUACCUUCGUACUUCUACUUCUCCCGUUUCUUCCGCCCACUAGAUUUUCUCCUGCUCCUCUCCCAGAGAUUUGUGAUGGCUGCUCGUCUGCCUUUACAUCGGGCAUUCUUCCUUAAGUCUGUCUCGGGUUCCAUUCCAUCCCUCUGGGCCCUUAAAAUCACUCCUCUCCGUUCCUCUGUCUGUUCUUUUAGCUCUGACGCAAAACCUGACUCUUCUGAUCCGGCCCCCGGUUUUUCACCCGCGAAUGUUUCUACUCUAGAUGAUGUAACAGUCUCAGCGUCGCUGAUUGAGUCAGGCGAUGCACUCUUAACGAAACCUCGAGUUGCUAAUCUUCCUGAAGAUUUAUCCCUAGAAGCACUUGAAGCUGCGAACAGAAUUCCAUCGCCGCCUGAGAAGGUCAAACCGGUUAUUCCUCUGCCUUCGUUGAUCAAGUUGCAAAAAGGCACCCGCCAAGAUCCGCAGCUUAUCGUUGAUGCAAUUCGUUUGGUGAAGGAGAAUGCGAAAGCCAAAUUUACGGAGACCGUUGAAGCUCAUGUUCGAUUAGGGAUAGAUCCUAAAAGAAGUGACCAGAUGGUUCGUGGGGCCGCAACUCUUCCAAAUGGAAGUGGCAAGGUGGUGAGAGUUGCUGUAUUUGCAGAAGGAUCGGAAGCUCAAGAGGCUCUUGCUGCUGGCGCAGAUGUUGUUGGAGCCGACGACCUUGUGGAUCGCAUCAAGGACAGUGGUGGGAAGUUAGACUUUGAUAAAUGCAUAGCAACGCCAUCUUUCAUGCCUCGACUGGGAAAGGUGGCCCGCAUUUUGGGGCCUCGGGGUUUAAUGCCUAAUCCUAAAGUGGGCACAGUAACUAACCAAGUUGGAGAGGCUGUUAGAGCUGCCAAACAAGGUCGUGUAGAUUUUCGCGCUGACAAGUCGGGCAUCGUGCACGUUGGAGUUGGGAAAGUCAAUUUUAGUGAUGACGCUUUGAUCCAAAACAUAUCUGCCUUUGUUGGAGCACUCUUAGGAGCUAAGCCUGUUGGACUCAAAAAGACUUCUAGGUAUGCCGGGUAUCUUACUAGUUUCACACUCACUUCUACUAUGGGAAAGGGCGUGCCUGUGACCAUAAAUUCUGUUGCCCAAGCAGCUGAUAGUUACAUGAAAACAGCUGGAGUUUCAUCAUAAGUUGCUGCUCAAGUCUGGUUGGUUUUACCGCAAGUCUUUCAUGUGGUUACUAGCAUGUGACAGGAUAUGAAUAACGAAAAAAAUUUGCGAACUGUACAGUGAUGGCCAUUCGGUGUGGUGCACGUUGUUUUCAUGAAAUUGAAUUUUGCUAAGAUAAUAUUUUUGGCUAUGAACAAAGUUCAACUUGCUUAACAUGAACAUUUAGAUUUCGUUCA